CUUACCUGCGCCCGCGCGUGUCGUCUCGAAGAAAGCCUCAGUGCUGACCUGGCGGCCGACUCGACCGCAUCGGCCUGCCGACCGACAUGUGGCAGACCUUGUGACUCCUGUGUGUGAUUUGUGUGACAGCACAGUGCCCGUGCUUUAACCCUAACCCUUAGAUAGUGCAUAACCGGAUUUUGAUUUUGGAUUUCGAACGCCCCGCGGCGUCCAUAAGGUGGGUGUUUUGCCUCUAUCUAGAACUUAUAUCCUGGUAAAACGAAAUUUCCGAUAACGGGAACGAAAGCAGUUACAAGAGCAAAACUGCUAUUUCCAGCAAAGUACUACAGCUUGAACAGGUGCUCUUGGAGUACAUUUACGAUGUUGAUAAGGUGUCCGGCGGCACUCUGUGUCGUCGCGCUCCUACUUGCAACACCAGCUAGUUCAGAGGGAAACCUCUUCACAUGUCCAAAUGGUUGGGAGCUAAAGGGUCUCCAUUGCUAUAAAUUCUUCAACAUAAGGCAUUCAUGGGAAAAGGCAGCAGAAUUAUGUCGGAGAUACGGCAGCGAACUCAUGGUUGUAGACACGUACGCCGAAAACAAUAUUACUGCCAGGAUGGUGCCGGCAAGUCCAACCAAUAACCAUUACUGGCUUGGCUUAGCGACUGUCGAUGACCUUAGAACAAAUACUCUAGAAUCAGCAGCUGGAACACUUGUUUCACAGUAUGCUGGAUUUUGGGAUUUAAAGCAACCGAAUCCUAAGUAUGGAGAAUGUGUCGAUGUUCAUGUGUCAUCUGAUAGCCAGUCAUGGGAACUAACGACCUGCGAAACUUUACUACCUUUUAUGUGCAGAGCAUCUGCCUGUCCAGCGGGAACCUUCCAUUGUUCAAAUGGAAAAUGUAUAAACGCAGCCUUCAAAUGUGACAAGCAAGACGACUGCGGUGAUGCUUCGGACGAAAUGGACUGUGCUGCCGAAUGCCACUUUUAUAUGGCCAGUAGCGGAGAUGUAGUUGAAAGUCCUAACUAUCCUCAUAAAUAUCCACCUUUUAGUGAAUGCAAAUGGACUCUUGAAGGACCACAAGGUCAAAACAUAGUCUUACAGUUCCAAGAUUUUGAAACUGAAAAGUCUUUCGAUACUGUUCAAAUUUUAGUAGGAGGCAGAACCGAAGAUAAGUCUGUAAACUUGGCGACCCUGUCAGGAAAACAAGACUUAUCUAAUAAAGUUUACGUAUCUGCAUCGAACUUCAUGAUUAUUAAAUUCAGCACGGACGGAUCUGUAGAAAGGAAAGGUUUCCGUGCUUCUUGGAAAACUGAGUCAUCGAACUGCGGUGGUUUGCUUAGAGCCACACCUCAAGGCCAAGUAUUGACCUCACCUGGCUAUCCUAAUGGUUACCCCGGCGGACUAGAAUGCAUGUACAUUAUUGAAGCUCAACCAGGCAGAAUAGUAUCACUAGAAAUUGAAGACUUAGAGCUAGGAAUGAACCGCGACUAUAUAGUUGUCAAAGACGGUAACACUCCAUCCAGUCCAGUACUUGCAAGAUUAACAGGACCGGGAGAAGAAAACACUAAAGUAAUUAUAUCAACAACAAACCAUCUUUACAUGUACUUCAGAACUAGCCUCGGUGAUUCUAAAAAGGGAUUCAAUAUGAGGUACUCACAAGGAUGCCGAGCAACAAUAAUAGCAUCUAAUGGAACAUUUACAUCGCCUGCUUAUGGCUUAACCAACUAUCCAAACAACCAAGAAUGUUUGUACAGGAUAAAAAAUCCUAACGGCGGUCCGCUAUCCUUGAAAUUCGAUGAAUUUAACAUACACCCUUCAGACAUCGUUCAAGUUUUUGACGGGUCUAGCACAAAUGGCCUAAGGUUACAUUCUGAAAAUGGAUUUAUUGUCAAACCUAGGAUUACUCUAACGGCUUCAAGUGGCGAAAUGCUUAUUCGGUUUGUGUCUGACGCGUUACAUAACGGAGAAGGAUGGAAGGCGACAUUCUCAGCUGAUUGCCCACCCCUAAAGUCUGGACUUGGUGCACUAGCAUCGAACAGGGAUACCGCCUUUGGAACAGUCAUAACAUUCUCAUGUCCAAUUGGUCAAGAGUUUGCCACUGGCAAAUCACGCAUCACAACCAAAUGUAUGGAUGGUGGAAAAUGGUCAACCACUUAUAUUCCUAGCUGUCAAGAGGUUUACUGCGGUCCGGUUCCGCAAAUCGAUAAUGGAUUCUCCAUUGGCUCAACUAACGUUACUUACCGAGGAGUCGCUACAUAUCAGUGUUACGCUGGAUUCGCAUUCCCAACGGGUCAACCUAUUGAAAGAAUUUCCUGUCUUUCCGAUGGACGUUGGGAAAGAACACCAACUUGCCUUGCAUCGCAAUGCGUCGCUCUUCCGGACGUGGCACACGCUAAUGUCACUAUUUUAAAUGGAGGCGGACGAAGCUACGGAACAAUCGUACGCUACGAAUGUGAACCUGGAUAUGUGCGAUCCGGUCAGCCAGUUCUUCUUUGCAUGAGCAAUGGAACAUGGUCUGGGGAAGUUCCAUCGUGUUCGAAAGCUAUUUGCCCUAAUUUCCCCGAAAUUAAAAAUGGUUUCAUGGUUGAUCAAUCAAGAAUUUACAUGUUUGGAGAUGAAGCUCGCGUUCAAUGUUACAAAGGUUUUAAACUGAAUGGACCUAGCGUACUUAAGUGUGGACCUAACCAACAAUUCGACCGAGCUCCAACCUGUGACGAUAUGAACGAGUGCUUAAGUAGUCAAUGUGAUGGUGCCUCAACCGAGUGCAAAAACACACAUGGAGGCUUCUCCUGUCCGUGCAAACCUGGAUUUACUCCAAAUUUAGAAUGUAGACCAGUAGGUGAUUUGGGAUUAAUAAAUGGAGCAAUUCCCGAUGAAUCGAUUACAACAUCGACUCCUGAACUAGGAUACUCGAAAGGAAUGGUGCGCCUAAACAAUGGAGGAGGCUGGUGUGGUAACAAUCUUGAAGCUGGAGCGAACUGGGUACUUAUCGAUUUAAGAGCUCCAACUGUCAUCAGAGGAUUUAGAACAAUGAGCGUUAUGCGUGCAGAUGGCAACAUCGCCUUCACAUCUGCCAUUAGAAUUCAGUAUACCAAUGAUUUAACCGACGUUUUUAAAGAUUACACAAACCCUGACGGUACUGCAGUAGAAUUCCGCAUCUUGGAACCAACUCUAUCAGUUCUGAACUUACCUAUGCCAGUCGAAGCUCAGUAUGUUAAAUUCAAAAUACAAGAUUACGUAGGAGCCCCAUGCUUAAAGCUCGAAGUCAUGGGAUGCGCCAGGUUAGAUUGUUCAGACAUCAAUGAGUGUUCCGAAAACAAUGGUGGCUGUGAUCAGAAAUGCAUAAAUACGCCUGGAAACUUCUCAUGCGCCUGCAACCUUGGGUUCGAACUUUAUUCUUCUAAUGGAACUGCUGGAUUUUCCAUUGAAAAAUCGGAAACUGGAAACCGAGACGGUGAUACUUAUCAAAAAAACAAAUCUUGCGUUCCUGUGAUGUGUCCAUCUCUGGCAUCACCUGAAAAUGGCAAGCUUUUAUCGACAAAAUCUUCCUAUCAUUUCGGAGAUAUUGUAGAAUUCCAAUGUGACUUUGGAUACGUCAUGUCUGGAUUCUCAUCACUUCUAUGUACUUCAAGCGGAACGUGGAACGGAACCGCCCCUGAAUGCCAAUAUGCUCGAUGUGUAACUUUGUCUGAUGACAAAAACGAUGGCCUGAAGAUAAUCAGGGAAGAUCCUGAAAGUGUGCUACUGCCAUACAGAGACAAUGUCACCAUCACUUGCACAGCCGCCGGACGUCAACUAAGAAACACUGUUACGUCAUCUUUUAGACAAUGUGUUUACGAUCCUAAACCGGGUCUUCCUGACUAUUGGUUAUCGGGUGCGCAACCUCAAUGUCCGAGAAAAGACUGUGGCGUACCUAUGCCCACGCCUGGGGCAGAAUAUGGACAAUAUCUUGACACUAGAUACCAGAGCUCCUUUUUCUUUGGAUGUCAAAAUACUUUCAAACUUGCGGGACAAACAAGCAAACACGAUAAUGUGGUCCGUUGUCAAGCUAAUGGCAUAUGGGACUUUGGAGAUCUAAGGUGUGAAGGUCCAGUAUGUGAAGAUCCUGGAAGGCCUGCCGACGGUUAUCAACUCGCGAGAAGUUAUGAGCAAGGAUCCGAAGUACUAUUUGGCUGCUCAAGACCUGGAUAUAUUCUGAUAAACCCCAGGCCAAUCUCGUGUAUUCGCGACCCUGAAUGUAAAGUCAUCAAGCCACUUGGUUUAGCUUCAGGCAGAAUUCCUGAUUCUGCUAUCAACGCAACGUCAGAAAGGCCCAAUUAUGAAGCAAAAAAUAUCAGGCUUAAUUCUGUUACUGGUUGGUGUGGUAAACAAGAAGCAUUUACAUACGUCAGUGUUGACUUGGGCAAAGUUUAUAGAGUGAAGGCUAUACUUGUCAAGGGUGUCGUAACGUCAGACAUAGUGGGACGUCCUACAGAAAUCAGAUUCUUCUACAAACAAGCCGAAAAUGAAAAUUAUGUUGUGUACUUUCCCAACUUUAACCUAACAAUGAGAGAUCCUGGUAACUACGGUGAAUUGGCCAUGAUUACACUACCUAAAUAUGUUCAAGCAAGAUUUGUUAUAUUAGGCAUUGUUAGUUUCAUGGAUAAUGCAUGCUUGAAAUUCGAACUGAUGGGCUGCGAUGAGCCAUCAGCCGAACCUUUAUUAGGCUAUGAUUAUGGAUAUUCACCAUGUGUUGAUAAUGAACCACCAGUGUUCCAAAAUUGCCCACAGCAGCCAAUUGUUGUGCAAACUGACGUCAACGGCGGUCUGCUACCAGUAAACUUUACUGAACCAACUGCGAUUGAUAAUUCAGGCGCCAUCGCUAGGCUAGAAGUUACACCUGCACAUUUCAGAACACCUAUUCAAGUUUUCCACAAUAUGGUAGUACGAUACGUGGCCUUCGACUUUGACGGAAAUGUUGCUAUUUGCGAAGUGAAUAUUACAGUACCCGAUUACACACCUCCAAAACUUAGUUGCCCACAGAGCUACGUCAUCGAAUUAGUAGACAAACAAGUCAGUUACGCUGUUAAUUUCAACGAAACCAGAAGGAGAAUUAACGCAACAGAUGCAUCUGGCGAUGUAUUCUUAAAAUUCAUUCCUGAACGAGCAGUUAUUCCUAUUCGCGGUUAUGAAAAUGUUACCGUGAUUGCUUCUGAUAAGUAUGGAAAUAAAGCCCAAUGUCACUUCCAAGUUUCUGUACAAGCCACACCUUGCGUAGACUGGGAACUACAAGCCCCUGCCAAUGGUGCUCUUAACUGCCUACCUGGUGACAGGGGAAUCCAGUGUAUAGCUACAUGCAGUCCCGGCUUUAGAUUCACUGACGGAGAACCAGUUAAGACUUUCGUAUGCGAAACCAAGCGUCAAUGGGUACCAACUGCAGUAGUACCAGACUGUGUUUCUGAAAAUACACAACAAGCAACAUACCACGUCGUGGCUAGUGUACAGUACCGCGCUCUUGGUGCCGUCUCCAACGCUUGCUUGCCACAAUACAAGGAUUUACUAGCUCAAUACGAUAACAUCCUUAAUGAAAGACUCUCUCAACGCUGUUCUGCAGUCAACGUAAACAUAAACGUGACAUUUAUCAAGGCAAUGCCAAGCCUUCUUGAUGAAAAUGUAGUCAAAAUGGACUUCGUUUUAGCGAUUACUCCCGCGAUAAGGCAAACGCAACUGUAUGAUCUUUGUGGUUCUACACUGAAUCUCAUCUUCGAUUUAUCUGUUCCAUACGCUAGUGCUCUUAUCGAGCCUGUGCUCAACGUUUCAUCUAUUGGCAACCAAUGCCCACCACUGAGAGCGAUCCGAAGCUCAAUUACAAGGGGCUUUACCUGCAGUGUCGGAGAGGUUCUGAAUAUGGAUACCAACGACGUUCCAAGAUGCUUGCACUGCCCUGCUGGUACUUUCGCCGGAGAAAAACAGAAGUCCUGCACAAUGUGUCCAAGAGGUUAUUUCCAAAACCAAGCUCGACAAGGUUCCUGCCUCAAAUGUCCGCAAGGAACAUUUACUAGGGAAGAAGGCUCCAAAGAUGUCACGGACUGUAUACCUGUUUGUGGAUACGGUACAUAUUCACCAACUGGUUUAGUACCUUGUCUAGAGUGUCCAAGAAACAGCUACACUGGAGAGCCUCCGGUAGGAGGAUUCAAGGACUGUCAGGCUUGUCCCGUCAACACAUAUACUUACCAACCAGCUGCCCCUGGAAGAGAUAGGUGCAGAGUCAAAUGUGCUCCUGGUACUUACUCACCAACUGGACUAGCCCCGUGCUCACAAUGUCCAAGGAAUUUCUACCAAAACUUAGUAGGCCAAAUAGAAUGCAUGGAAUGCCCUACGAACAUGAAAACUGUAGGCACAGGAGCUACAGGUUUAGAGGAAUGUUUGCCGGUGGAAUGUUCGAACAGCGCUUGCCAACAUGGUGGUCUUUGUGUGCCAAAGGGACACGGUGUUCAAUGUUAUUGCCCUGCUGGUUUCUCAGGACGUAGAUGUGAGAUAGACAUUGACGAGUGCGCUAGUAAACCAUGCUACAACGGUGGUACUUGCACUGAUCUCCCACAAGGAUACAGAUGCUCUUGUCCUCCUGGUUAUGGGGGCAUUAACUGCCAGGAAGAAAAGUCAGAUUGUCGUAAUGACACCUGUCCCGAGAGAGCUAUGUGCAAAGAUGAACCAGGAUACAACAACUACACCUGCCUAUGUAGAGCAGGUUACACUGGUAUUGACUGCGAUGUUACGAUUGAUCCGUGCACUGCAAAUGGAAAUCCUUGCACAAAUGGUGCUUCCUGUAUCGCUCUCCAACAAGGAAGAUAUAAAUGUGAAUGUUUACCCGGAUGGGAAGGCCAAUUAUGUGAAAUCAACACUGAUGACUGUAUUGAAAAACCAUGUCUCCUUGGUGCACACUGUACUGACUUAGUUAACGAUUUUAGUUGUGCUUGUCCACAAGGGUUCACUGGAAAACGCUGCCAUGAGAAGAUUGAUCUUUGUUCUAAUGAACCUUGCAAACACGGUAUAUGUGUCGAUAAACUCUUUGUUCAUCAAUGCAUUUGCGAUCCAGGCUGGACAGGACCAUCUUGCGAUAUCAACAUCAACGAGUGUGUGAUGUCUCCUUGUGAAAAUGGUGGUCAAUGCAUUGACAGUGUUGAUGACUAUACUUGUAAUUGCGAACCUGGAUUCACCGGUAAAAGGUGUCAACAUACGAUCGAUGACUGUACUUCUAACCCUUGCCAGAACGGUGCAAGUUGUAUUGACCAAAUAGACGGAUUCUCCUGUAAAUGCAGACCUGGCUUCAUCGGUCUACAGUGUGAGACGGCUAUCGACGAAUGUUUGACAGAACCUUGUAACCCUAUUGGCACUGAUCGAUGCAUUGAUCUGGACAACAAAUACCAAUGUGUAUGCCGAGAAGGCUUCACAGGAGAAUUCUGUGAAACAAAUAUUGAUGAUUGCGCUUCUAACCCUUGCUUUAAUGGUGGAUCUUGUAAAGAUGAAAUAGGUGGCUAUAGAUGUACCUGCCAAACGGGAUGGACAGGACAUCGUUGUGAAAAUGACAUCGGUAACUGCAUGAACAGGCCGUGCCAAAACAACGCUAAAUGUAUUAAUCUUUUCCAAGACUACUUCUGCGUAUGCCCAAGUGGAACUGAUGGAAAACAAUGUGAGACUGCACCCGAACGGUGCAUCGGAAAUCCUUGCAUGCAUGGCGGAAAGUGUCAGGACUUCGGCUCUGGCCUUAACUGCACUUGUUCAAAUGAUUAUACAGGCAUUGGUUGCCAGUACGAGUUUGAUGCUUGUGAGGCUGGACUAUGUCAGAAUGGUGCAACAUGUGUUGAUGACGGUGAAAAUUACUCCUGCAUCUGUGCCCCUGGUUUCAAGGGAAAGAACUGUGACGAAGAUAUCAUUGACUGCAAGGAAAACUCUUGCCCACCAUCAGCAACGUGUAUCGACCUACCUGGAAGAUUCUACUGCCAAUGUCCUUUCAACCUCACUGGAGAUGAUUGCAGAAAGAGUAUUAAUGUCGAUUUUGACCUAUACUUUAGUGAUCCACUCCGCUCUAGUGCUGCUCAAGUAGUACCAUUUGACACUGGAUCGACCGACAGUCUUACAAUCGCGAUGUGGGUACAGUACACACAACAAGACGAAGGUGGCAUCUUCUUCACCGCAUACAGUGUCAGCAAUUCCCACAUUGCUCUCAACAGAAGGCCCGUCAUUCAGGCUCACUCCAAUGGUGUCCAAGUAUCUCUAUUCCCUAAACUACAAGAUGUCUAUCUAAGCUUUGGUGAAUUCGCUACAGUGAACGAUGGACAGUGGCAUCACGUGGCUUUGGUAUGGGACGGCAACAAUGGAGGCGAACUAACACUUAUAACUGAAGGAUUAAUUGCUAGCAAGAUUGAAGGAUAUGGUAGCGGACGAACACUGCCAAAAUAUGUUUGGGUAACGCUAGGAAAACCUCAAUCAGACAAUCCAAAAGCCUACACUGAAUCCGGCUUCCAAGGUCACUUAACUAAAGUACAAAUCUGGAAUCGCGCUUUGGACAUUACAAAUGAAAUACAAAAACAAGUUCGCGACUGCAGAACCGAGCCUGUCUUGUACAAUGGACUGGUUUUAAAUUGGGCCGGAUACGAAGAUGUCAUCGGUGGAGUUGAGAGAAUAGUACCAUCGCAUUGUGGCCAAAGAGUUUGCCCUAAUGGUUACACUGGCAGUAAAUGUCAACAAUUGCAAGUCGACAAAGAACCACCUCGGGUUGACCGUUGCCCUGGUGACUUAUGGGUCAUUGCUAAGAAUGGUUCUUCGAUUGUCAACUGGGAUACACCUGUGUUCAGCGAUAACGUAGGAGUCGCAAGAGUAAUCGAAAAAUCUGGACAUAGGCCAGGGCAAAAUCUUGCAUGGGGAGCUUAUGACAUCGCUUACAUUGCCUAUGAUGCUGCUGGCAAUGCCGCUACUUGCACUUUCAAAGUCACUGUACUAUCGGAAUUCUGUCCUGCAUUGGCUGAUCCUCUCGGUGGAUACCAGUCGUGCCGCGACUGGGGAGCAGGUGGACAAUUUAAGGUGUGCGAAAUCGCCUGUCGCGAUGGUCUUCGCUUCUCUCAACCGAUACCACCAUUUUACACCUGCGGAGCUGAGGGAUUCUGGAGACCUACAACUGACCCAAGCCUGCCUCUUGUGUAUCCUGCAUGCUCACCGGCAUCCCCAGCUCAGAGAGUAUUCAAAAUUUCAAUGUUGUUCCCGAGUUCCGUGCUUUGUAAUGACGCUGGACAAGCUGUACUUCGACAGAAAGUACGCAGCGCUAUCAACCAACUUAACAGGGACUGGAACUUCUGCUCUUAUGCUGUCGACGGUACUCGAGAAUGUAAAGAAUUGGACAUCAAUGUCAAAUGCGACCACCGCGCCAAUGUAAGGCAAACAAGACAAAUAUCUUCACCACCAAGUGCCACUACGGAAGACACCUACGUUCUGGAUACUAUAAUUCCAGUAGAAGAGACACGAGGCACUAGGGAAGGACGGCAAGUCGGCGAUACGUACAGCAUUGAGAUCGCUUUCCCAUCUGUCAACGACCCAGUGAUCCACGGCGGCAACAAUGAACGGUCUACCGUACAGAGAUUAUUGGAGAAGCUUAUACUCGAAGACGAACAGUUCGACGUGAGAAACAUUCUUCCGAACACAGUGCCUGACCCGGCCAGUUUGGAGCUCGUUUCUGAUUACGCUUGCCCUAUGGGACAGGUUGUUAUGGCUCCUGAUUGCGUGGCCUGCGCGGUGGGUACAUAUCUGGACGCGGCUAGUGACAGCUGCAAACCCUGCCCGAUGGGCACGUACCAAUCGGAAGCUGGUCAACUGCAAUGCAUCUCUUGCCCGGCUAUUGCUGGGCAGCCUGGCGUCACACAGGCCCCUGGCGCUCGAAGUGCAGCUGACUGUAAAGAACGAUGUGCCGCUGGCAAAUACUAUGAUGCGGAAGCGGAUCUUUGUCGCCCUUGCGGCCAUGGAUCGUACCAACCUCGCGAAGGUGCCUUCACAUGUAUAGCCUGUCCCAGAGGACAGACUACCAGAGCCACUGAAGCCGUGUCUUCGGCUGAGUGUAGAGACGAUUGUCCUUCAGGCGAACAAUUAGGCAAUGAUGGAGGAUGCGAACCGUGCCCGCGAGGAACUUGGAGGGCUAACGGCGCUGGGGCUGCUUGUGCGCCAUGCCCGCCUGGUACCACGACUCCACAAGACGGCGCUUCUACGCCGGACCAAUGCUCUUUGCCUAUCUGUAGACCUGGUUCAUACCUCAAUGUGACAUUUAAUAGCUGCGUACAGUGCAAACAGGGAACAUACCAGUCGGAAACGCAGCAAACUACCUGUAUAACAUGUCCCAUCAAUACCAGCACAAAUGGAUCUGGCGCUACUUCAGAAUCAGAAUGUACGAACCCAUGUGAGACGAACGGCCCUCAAAUGCACUGCAGUGUGAACGCAUACUGCUUGCUGCAAAGUAAUGGCAAGUUUAAUUGCGAGUGUAAACCUGGCUUCAAUGGCACUGGGGAAGUUUGUGAUGACCUCUGCUUAAAUUUCUGCGACAACGGUGGCGAGUGCGUUAAAGACGCCAGAGGUGAACCAUCCUGCAGAUGUACCGGUUCCUUCACGGGACGACAUUGCCGCGAGAAGAGCGAGUUCGCGUACAUAGCCAGUGGUGUCGCUGGAGGAGUCAUCUUCAUUAUUUUCUUAGUGCUGCUUGUAUGGAUGAUCUGUGCCAGAUCAUCAAAGAAACGGGAACCAAAGAAGACAUUAACCCCAGCUAUCGACCAAAAUGGCUCCCAAGUCAACUUCUACUACGGAGCGCACACGCCAUACGCGGAAUCCAUCGCCCCAUCCCACCACUCCACGUACGCCCACUAUUACGACGACGAGGAAGACGGAUGGGAGAUGCCUAAUUUCUAUAACGAGACAUAUAUGAAAGAAAGUCUUCACAAUGGAAUGAAUGGAAAAAUGAAUAGUCUAGCUCGGUCGAAUGCUAGCAUUUACGGGACAAAAGAUGACCUCUAUGACAGAUUAAAGAGGCACGCGUACCCUGGUAAGAAAGAUAAGAGUGACAGCGACAGCGAAGGUCAGUAACCGCAACAAAGGACUGUUUUGUCGUAUUCUGGUCAGACUUACAUAACAAUACGUACUAGUUUCAAAUUCUCGGUAUACCCGAACAAUUAUAGUCAAUAUUAUGGUACGAUUGCAUUAAUAAUUGUAUGCCCUUUUAAUGUAGAACACAAUUUAAGACCAUUCAAAAUCUUUCAAAAAGCGAAAUUCUAAGAUACUAAAAUAUUUUUAACUACUUAUAUAGUGUGAAUUACUUUAGGUUUAAUAACAUUAUACAUUACACAGGACUAUGUGUUAAAUACUGACAACCUACCAGGACUGUAAUAUUAACAUCGUAUACAACAACUUUUGUUCCAUGACUUAAUAAUCCGUCAGAUUUUAGUUCCGUACUAAAACAAAAAUAUUUACAUAGAUCGCUCAAAACUCUAAAACACAGGAGCGGGGGUGAGGAUCGUCGGCGCGCACGUUUGCACAUUUGAACUUACAGCCAUACCACCAAAUACAAAAAUAAAAAGUGUCAGGUAGUACAACUAA